AUGGAUUGGUUCGGUCGGGCCCGGGUGGCAUUCACUCAUGCCCCUAACCCCUUGAGUCUGAAGGGGAAGGAUGGGUUGCAAACAGAUUUGCUCAAGAUCUGCGAGCAGAGUACACCGCCAUGCCGUCUCAACCCGUUGCUCUUCAAUGGACACAUCCAGACGAUGUGGACGGUGACACAGCCUCACGGCCCCCAGGUCUAUUAUCGAAGGAAGAUCUUCGAUGCCAGCCACAAGACUUACACCGGAACCUUUGCCGUCGACUUUGCCGUCGAUCCGCACACUGACCACGAUGAGCCGCUGCCGCCCCGUACCGCCUAUUUCUCAGACGAGGCUUUCGCCAGUAUCGGGUCCGACGAUGAAAGGCCCAUGCUCAUUGUCCUCCACGGACUAUCUGGGGGCUCCCACGAGGUGUACCUGCGGCAUGCGAUCGAGCCCCUCCUUCGUGACGGCGGCGGGGACUGGGACGUUUGUGUUGUCAAUGCCCGUGGAUGUGCGCACAGCGCCAUCACCAGCGGCGUCUUAUUCAACGCGCGGGCUACUUGGGAUGUCCGGCAGGUCGUCAAUUGGGCGAGAGAGACUUUCCCUAACCGGCCUCUCUUUGGCCUCGGCUUUUCUCUUGGAGCCAACAUUCUCACCAAUUAUGUGGGCGAGGAAGGGGAGAAUUGCCCUCUCACAGCCGCCGUGGUGGUAGGCAAUCCCUUCGACUUGCAGCUGUCAAGCAAGGCCCUGCAGCGCACCUGGCUUGGAAAGGAAGUGUAUCAGCGAUUCAUGGGCACGAACAUGAAGAAGUUGAUCCAACGUCACAAGGAAUCAAUCGAGAAGUGGACCAACCUUGAUUUCCAAGGCAUUCAAAAUAUCACCUAUCUUUUCGAGUUUGAUCGCGAGGUUCACCGCACCUCCAGAUGCGCAACAUGGGGUUAUCCCACCGAGGAAGCAUACUAUCGCGAUGCUUCCUCGUCUGAUUCGGUACUUGCAAUUCGAAUCCCGUUCUUCGCCAUCAGCGCGGAGGAUGACCCGAUUGCGGUCAAGGAAGCAGUGCCUUACCAGGAAUUCAAGCAGAACCCAUGGACCGUCCUAUGCACAACCUCCCUGGGAGGGCACUUGUCAUGGUUUGAAUUUGGUGGUGGUAGAUGGCACGCACACCCGAUCUCCAAUUUCCUCAAAAACAUGGCGACAAAGGUCGAUCUCAGCAGUAUACAUAAACCAGCGAAUGGCAAGGCUGACGGAAACUUCUUCCAAGGGGCCGAGUUCGACCCGAUGAGGCGAAAGAUGGAAAUUGUUCUAGAUUAG